GUAAAACCACAAAAGACUAUCCAAAAAACAACAACAACAACAAAACAAUUAUGCUUUCUAUCGCUGCCCGUUCCAUCAAGACCUCCUCUGUCAAGACUCUCCGUCCCUUGACUGCUGUCCGCACCAAGGUUACCUUGCCCGAGCUCCCUUACGCAUACGAGGCUCUUGAGCCCUAUGUUUCUGGUGAGAUCAUGAAGAUCCACCACAGCAAGCACCACCAGGCUUAUGUCAAUGGUUUCAACUUGGCUGAAGAGAAGCUUCAGGGUGCUUUCCAGGCCAACGAUUUGACCCAGCAGCUUGCUCUCCAGAAUGCUCUCAAGUUCAAUGGUGGUGGACACAUCAACCACAGUCUUUUCUGGAAGAACUUGGCUCCUCAGAGUGAGGGUGGUGGACAGGCUCCCAAGGGAUCCUUGUUGUCUGCUAUUGAGAAGGAAUUUGGUACCUUUGACAACUUUGUCACUCAGUUCAACACCGCUGCUGCCGGUGUCCAGGGCUCUGGCUGGGCUUGGUUGGGUUACAACAAGGCUGCUAAGCGUCUUGAGAUCGCUACUACUCCUAACCAGGAUCCUCUUCUCACCUUGACACCUGUCUUGGGUAUUGAUGUCUGGGAGCACGCAUACUACUUGCAAUACAAGAACGUCCGCCCUGAUUACCUCAAGGCUAUCUGGCAGGUCGUUAACUGGAAGACCGUUGCUGAGCGUUUUGCCAAGGCUCAGUAAACCAAAACAAAAAAGAUAAAAGGAAGAAGAUGAUAAUGAUAAUGAUAAUCCAAUGUUUCUUUUUUUUUUUAAGAAAAAGAACAUCAGUAAUGAACGAAUGAAGGAAUUCAAACUGUUUUAUUUGAAUUGUAAAUAAAUAUAUAUAUAUAUAUUACC